CCCGGGUCUGAAGAAUAUGCCGCAGUGAUUCACAAUGGAGUUCGCAAUUUGGGUUCGGUUUACGCGGUGCGGAAUAAAUGUAACAACUAGCCGAUAAAUGUAGCAGCUAGACAGAAGUAAAAUGGUUCGUUUUGGUUCCGUUCUCCGUUCAUAGUGCUCGUCGUCCCAUUUGUCCGUCGUCCACGUGUCGUUCUUAAAUUCGUGGCACACUGUCGUCCACUUGCCGUCCUUUCGACGCCGUUCAGUUGAUCGACCUUGACCAAAGUUGUACAGCUUCCAGCCGUGUUGGUACGUACUAGCUCCAUGAAACAAUCCGUAUUUUCACUAUAUUCAAACGAAGCUGCAUAGUUGUACUUGUCGUUCUGGUUCUCCUCCUUCUUCCUCCAGGGAAACAAGCCUUCAAUGGAAACUGAAAGUACUACAUCCCUUUUGAUUUUUCUCACGCCCCUUCGCUAGGAGUAAGAAUACAACUUAUCAGGAUCAUAAAAGUACCUGUUUAAUACCCGCCGGCCGUAGAUCUUCCUCCAAGAUGAUGGGUUCUUGGAACAUCAGAAGGACCCAGCAUAGAAGUGCCUUCUCCACCUUCGGGUCUUGCGCGCACAGUCUCUACUCGACACGACCACGAGGAUCUUUUCUCCUGUCACUUUUCCUCCUCCUCGCGCAUCAUCUUCAAGAUCAUAGUGCAGCAAACGCAUUCCAGCUCGUGCAGCAGAAACGGACAGGAGAUCUGCACAGGACGUUGUCGCACCGGAGCAAGAACCAGCAUGGCCAGAAGAUUUUUGCAAGUAGUUCUCGCACAACUUCUGUGGUUUCCGCGGAUCAACAGGGAGAGGACGGCACGACGAGGACCGGGGGUAUGUUGAUUAUUCUGAGUAAAAACGUCCCCACCCCAUAGUCAAGUUGGGAAUCUAGCAACACAAAUCUCCAAGUUUUGGGAGCUGUGCAUGACAAGUUUCCCUCUGCAACGGAGUGCUGAUUGGCAAGAGAAGCCGCAUGAGAAAGCAACUUUCCCAUCCUGUUUACAGCAUCACAGAUUCCACAACACGACUGGAAAUGCCUCUCAUGGAGCUGCGCAUUACAAAUGUUCCUGUCGUUGCACAUUUGCAUGACAACUCUGGCGUGGGGACGUUUUUACACAGGAUAUUGAUGCAGGUUUCAUCGUCCUCCAAAACCGGAACCGAAUAUGGAUUGCAAAUAUCCCUGGAUGUCUGGAAGAGUCGAACUUGUAAUGCUUUCCGCGGAUUCUAAAAAUAUCUGUGGUGCAUGAGCAGCAAGAGGAGUCAGUUUUUGGCACGCGGAGAGGGCAUUUCUCAUGCGUAAUUGGCAUCAAGCAGCUCUCAAAAACUUUAACUUUGUGAUGGUAGCACCAGCAUCACAGAACUCACGGGUCAUGCAAAACGUGCAUGACAAGCCCCGACUCUUCCAGACAUCCAGGGAUUGUUGCAGUUGAUACCGAAAGCGGAACCGCAAAAAUUGAGUCGGAGGACAACUCGGUGAUCACCGACAACUUUGAACUUGUGGGGAAUGGUAUCCAAGAAAAAAACUGUGUAAGUGUAACUUUGUGUUGCAGAAAAUGCAAAACUGUUACACUCGUCAUGCUGGACAUGCAUCAGAGGCUAUUUUCGUACGUGUUUUCAAGUGCUCUCGGGCUGGAGGAGGGAGUAGCACGCAGCAGUCCGCAAAAGGGCACACUGCCAACAUCAUCAUCAUCAUCAAGUACUAGCUACGCAUAACAGGUUUUCUGCGUCAUGCAGCAUGCAGAGCAAACUUGUGAUGCUAUUCUUCCAAGAGACUUACACUUACACAGUUUUUUUCUUGCAUAAAUGGGCACUGCGGGAACGAUGAUCACCCCCUGUGGGCGAAUGCGCAGUUUGUGGCGGAUGUCAACGAAAGGCAGUGUGCGGAGUCUUGUCUUAAUAACAAAUGGGUGGAAAGCCUCGACAAUGAAAGCGCUUGGAACUCGAAGCACUUUCCCAACGGCGAUGGUACUUGGAAAACGUGGAGCGCAGACAAACCCAUCAAGGGAGAGUGCACGGGUUACAAUUAUUCAAAUAACUGUCUGAUUUACAAUGACGAAUCAGGAGCAGAAAAAAAGUUUGCAGUAACCCAGGUCUGGAAAAAGGAGGAGGAAAGGGAAUCCUGGCUUUCCGAUGCGUUGUAUGGCAAGGGAGAUGAUGCAGAAAGAAACACGUUGAAAGACCUCCUCGACAGUUGGAGUACGCAUCCCUGUAAGAAAAAGAAGCCUUGCGUCGGUUUCGGGUUCCAUGACGCCAGUUCGUGCAAUGGCGCGCACGAGGAAGACAAAUGCGUGUGGGGUGUGAAGUACAAGUUAGAAAGUGCGGAAAGAUGGGUGGAGGAAGGUGGUGAGGAGAUCUGUCUCAGCUGCAGCAUAAGCAUUGCAAAAGCAUUGCACUGGUAGAAAUUGCAUUUAUACAAAUUUGCUCAGCAUAGCAAAUGGAAUUUCUAAAUGCUGAUUUGGCUCCGGAAGGAAAUUUGUGAUGCAUAACUGCGAUUACUGCGAGUGCGAUACUUUUGCACAGGAUACAGCACAAAAGACGGAAAGACCGAGGCCGAGUGCGAGGGUUUUUCGGGCGGCAGUUGCGUGUAUGAAGCUGGCGAAGUCAAUCCAGCCGAGGGUCUGUGUGUGCCGAAGCCAACGACAACCACGACCACAACCACGACGACAACCACGACAUUGGCGCAAGCUCCGUCACCCAGCGUAUCGUAAGGAAAAAUCCCCCCUCCCCAUAUCGAAAAGGCACACCUCAGAAAAUUUGCCAUGCUGAUUUGCGACCACAGAUCUGAUUUGAGUUUUUUUGUUUUUAAGGCUAGGAAAAGACAUGCAACUGGGGACAGCACGCUAUUGCGCAUCUAGCACCCGUCAAGUCCAGGAGAACGAGCCAAGGACGCUCCCACCAAUGCAGCAACGGCCGUCCCUGGGUGGUUGAGUGUCGUCCAGACCGACGGCGGUAGAUUCUUCUGGAGGCGGAGGCUAGAUUUUCAAUAGUGGAGGAAAGAUGUCAAAUUAUGUAUGAAGUGCUCACGUAUUCUAUACCCUAAUGCGACCCAAAAAGGAGAAUCUCUCCUCCGUCAGCAUGCCAAUAGCAUUUGGGUGCACUACUGUGUGGAAGGCUCUUCUACUUUUUCCAAGCGGCUGGAUUUCUCGUAGAAUUGCCGUCGCACAAGUAGCGCAAGUGACAUCUUUUAGGGGGGUGCCUACCCUUUUGCAUGUUCGAUUUUGAUUCGUUAUUUCUUGAUUUUCAGAAUGAUGAUGAUAAUUUUUUCUGGUUAGCCCGUAGCCAUUUUGGCUCAAGCGCUAGCCCGCGUAGCCCGCAUCCUCGCAGGGGCAGCUGUUUUUUUUUCCGCCUUGCCAGCGGAUUUUGUCGCGGGGAAGAAUGCAGUCUGGGUUCAGCCGUCCCUCCCUCCCGGGGUUCAUCUACACAAACACUAGUCCUGCGUCCUUACUCUAGUCCUUUUUCCGUAGAUCAUGUCUUACGUUCGACCUUAUGGCAUCGGCGGCUGUCGCAUUAUGCGCCUGGUGUAGUUGUUCAAAGUCCUUCGGCAUAAGGGUCAUAGUCUCGUAUACAAGGCGCGCGACAGCUAAAUGCGCGUUUGGUCGUUCUAGAAAAUUAGUAUCACCUGAUCCAUUCUCGGCCUAUAGUAUUCGUGGACCACCCCUUUGAGGAAGCGGGUGCGCUCGGUUGACCUCUUUCAUAGGUUGGUCAUGGGGAAUUCGUUUCCCACUUGUCAUGCAUUAUUGGUCGCCGACAUUUCGUUUUUGCAUGGCGUGCUCGAGUACCGGGGUGCUGGAAGACGAAUUAGUUGCUAAUAGAUAAAAUCAAAAAUUUUCACUACUCUUCGUGCAGCGGCUUCUGCACAUAGCUUUAGUCUCGACCUUUAGCCCCGCCCCCCCAAAAACAUUACAUAUUUUACUACGUCUCCAUCUACGUCCCAACGUGGACGUCUGCCGCGGCUUUCGGCAUUAGACGUUAACUAAAGCGAGUGCGUUGCGCGGGUUUAGGGUUCCCCCGGUUUGUAUCUCCCGAAAGGCAUGCUUUGAUGGGUUUAGGGUUUCGAAGAAAUUUUAUCGCAUGACGCGUGACGGGAGCACGCUAGGUAAGCGCAGCGGGCGGGUACCGUUCUCGCCGUAACACAAUUCCAGAAAGAAAAAAGACAUCUUUUUGGGGGGUGCCUACCCUUUUGCAUGUUCGAUUUUGAUUCGUUAUUUCUUUUUUUUUAGAAUGAUGAUGAUAUGUUUUUCUGGUUAGCCCGUCUAAAAAGGGCUGGAGUCCCCUUUUCCUUUUCUUCAAUAUUUUUUUUGCAUGCGGGUAGCCGAAUAGAGGCCGAGAGGACCACUGUCCUCGAGUCUGCGCAGCGGCUUACUGCGCAGCGUCGGUUCGUACACGUGUGUCGCCCUUCGUUCGUCCUCUUCAGGAGCUUGAUCGCAAAUUCGUACGCUCCUCCUGCUUUAAAAAAAUACGAUCUUCCCGGCUUCCCCCAUAUUCCCAUGUAGAUUUUGGCGCCUACCCCUUUACUUCUUCUGUCGUGUAGUGUUGUUGGCUUACCUGACUCGCCUUCUUAGCGCUAGCCUGCGUAGCCCGCGUCCUCGCAGGGGCAGCUGUUUUUUUUUUCCGCCUUGCCAGCGGGUUUGAUUCUGGGGAAAGUGGCUUUCUGAGUUCAACCGUCCCUCCCACCCGGGGAUCAACCGUCCCUAUCCCUCCCCCGUUUUAGAUAGACCGUUUUGCGCAGCCAUAAGCACGACUUGAAAAACAAAAAAAUACAAAUAAUUUUUUGUGUAGAUCACAUUUUUACGUGCGUUUUUUCGGCAUCGGCGGCAUUCGCACUUCGAACCCGGAGUAGUUUCCAAAAGUCCCUCGGCAUCUGGGUCAUAGUACAGCUUCAGGGUUCCGCGUUUGCUAAAUGCACGGCUUUUCGCACUUAGGUCACUAGUAUCGCCUGUUCCAAAUCAGCUCGACCAUUUAAUAUUCGUGGGCCUCCCCUUAGAGGAAGCGGGUGCGCUCGGUGGGCCGUUUUCAUAGGUUGGUCAUGGGGGACCUGCUCCCCAUUUGUAAUGCAUGACUGGCCGCCGAAGAUCUCAGUUUGCAUUUGCGUGCUCGAGUACCGGGGCGCAGGAAGGCGAAUUAGUUCUAAUAGAUAUUUUGAAAAAUUUUAAUCUCUUCGUGCAGCGGCUUACUGCGCAUACAAAUAUUCUCGACCGAUAUCUUUGUAUGUGGGCGCGCAGAAACUUUUUUUCGAUUUACUACGACCCCAUCUACCUCCCCUGGUGGACGUCUGCCGCGGCUUACGGCUCUAGACGUUAACUAGGAUUCAGUGCGUUGUGCGGGGUUUAGGGUUCAAAGUAAUUUUGUAUCUCCCACUGCUGCAUGCACUCUGCUGGCGAUCUUAUCAUGCAAAACAACCUCCGGGUUGUUCCCGCGUAUCAGGAGUAGUCCUGGUGCGUGAGGGCCGCAGAAGAUGAAGAAAGGUGAUGGUUUAGGGGGUUCGCCGAUUUUGUACAUGUGUGAUGCAAAAGAUGAAAAGAAUUUCGCGCGUGGGAGCGCAUUAGUAAGCACAACGGGUGGGUGCCGUUCUCACCGUAACACAAGCCCACAAGAACAAGAACAUGAUCCGCUCCCGCAGGCAAAAAAAAUUUGCGACCACAGAUCCUCUCUGUCUUGCACGAAGGCAACCCCACAGGCCCCGCAGUAUUAUGUAGGCAGUUUGUGAUGCUAUUGGGCCUACAGCAUAGACGUUUAGCAUGCUAAGCACCUAGGCCAGCGCCUCUCUACUCGGGCUUGAUAUGGGCUUGCAGUCCUCUAGUACUACUACUACUACUACUACUACUACUACUACUACUACUACUACUACUACUACUACUACUACUACUACUACUACUACUACUACUACUACUACUAGUGUAAGCAGAUCUGGCAUCAGAAGCUUCGUUACGAUAUGGGGAGGGGGGAUUUUUCCUUUUGAUACAGCACGGACGAACAGCAGUCGGGACCUAGUCCGACUCCCGUAUCAUAUGUAAAAACGUUCCCACCCCAUAGUCAGGUUGGGAACUCAGCAACACAAAUGCAGAAGUUUUGGGAGCCACGCAUGACAAGUUGCAGUAGUCCGCAGUAUAGUGCACGUUAGCAAGGAUAUCUUCCGCAUCGCAAAUCCAUGUGCUUGUCUUGUUUGCAGCAUCACAAAUUCCAAAACAGGACUGGAAAUGCCUCCGUUGGGGAUGCGCAUUACAAAUGUUCCUGUAGUCGCAAAUCUGCAUGACAACUCUGGGAAGAUGGGGACGUGUUUACACAGGAUAUCCCAGCGCCACACCUUAUGUUUCUCCACCAGGGGAGGAGUCCGCGAUUACCACAUUGCACCUCAUUAUGGAUGUGUCAGGAGUGAAAUCGACAAAGUUGAAAUGAUUUGUUUAUGCAUAAAAUGCAGCCCACAACGUGCCUGGCUUGCAGAGUAGGCAAGUGAGGCAGAUUGUAAGCCUGUUGAGGGGUAGAAACUGAGCUGCUAAAAUAGCAUGCCAAAAGGCGUUUUCUUUACCCAAACAGCAUCACAAUCUGGAUUUCGGUUCUACCCAAAUUUGUCAUGCACCACUUGGAAACUGGGCUUCCAACUGGUAUCGAUUUUAUGCAUGACAAACUAUUUUAACUUGGACGAUUGCAAUCCUGACACUCCCAUAACCAUUCUGAUCUGGGUUGCCGUGGUCUUGGUAUUGGUGGGUGGAGGGGUCGUCAUGUACUAUUUGGGGUGGUGUGACGACGGCUCUCACUAUUCGCUGAACGAGUAUGCCCGCGCGUCGCGGUAUGGAACUGUCAGGAUUGAAAUUGACAAAGUUGAAAUGAUUUGCCAUGCAUAAAAUGGAUGCCAGUUGGAGCCCAGUUUCCAAGUGGCGCAUGACAAAUUUUGGCGGUCCUUAAAUCCAGUCUGUCAUGCUGUUUAGGCAAAGAAGACUGAUUUUCUCAUGCUACUUUAGCAGCUCGAGCUCCAACCCCAAACAGGCUUACAAUCGGCCUCACUUGCCUGCUCUGCAACGCACGUACCUCGCGUCAUGCAUUUUCUGCAUUGCAAAUUAUUUCAACUUUGACGAUUUCGAUCCUGCCACACCCAUACGCGGGCGUCCAAGGGGGCCGGGUCCAUGCGGAAAGGAGCAGGGAAAAGCACGAACCGGGCGAGUCAAAUGCGCCCGUCGAAGGGGGUAUCACAUGCAAAAAUGUCUGGGUCUGGAGGAUUGCGAGAUUUGUCAUGCUAGUCUAGCAUGACUCUGCACUCUGUAUUCCGUGGCCACCAAGAGGUCCUCGUCUUGCCUGCAAUGCAAAAGCGCAGUUUCUCAUGCGAAAUACGCAGCACAGAAACACGAAAAAACUUGUCAUGCUUGGCGGCGCAUUUACAGAGCACUUUAUUGUUCACCGACUUGCAUCACAAGUUUCCAGACCCAGACAUUUUUGCAGUUGAUAGGGGGGCGGCUACGCGGCUCAGGGGGGGUAUUACUGACCUUCUGUAGAAGUUCCACCUAUGUUGACCAGGCUUGUCGCAUGAAUCACACAAAACAAGUCCUCGUGUUUUACUAGAACCUCUCAAGAGCGCGACCAUCAAAGUGGUCCAGAAUCAAACCCCAUAGAAAGAAGAAACCAAUUAUACCAAAAUGCACACAAAUUUUUAUUCACGUACUUAUCAAGAACAUAUCAGUUCCAGAUUUUUUGCUUACCUCCCCGUUUUCAUGUUCGAGCUCAGGAGCAAACACGUAUCUUCAAAAUUUCUACUUUUCCCCCCCUGGCGCUAAAAUUUUUUCUUCGGUUUUUCCCGGCCCCGAGAGGGAGAGGGCGCGAGGAGCUGGGCCUCAAACAAGACCGGGCCCAUUUUUGUCUGAAUUUAAUGUUCCGGUGUAAAAGUAAGUAUAAGUAUUCUUGGCAGCGCCAGCGUCGUGCUAGCGGUUGUUGUUGUACGCAAUGAAACUUGGCCCUACUUGUUCUCCCGUAAAAGUACUGAAUCUGAAAAUUUUUCCACUACUGUGGUACCCGUGGUUCUUCCCGUUAAACUGACACAGGCUUUUCGUCUCUCG